UACUUUUAUAUAAAGAGAAGGAUAUAAUAGCAAUUCAAGAAAAACUUGGUAUUAAUAGUAAUACGUUAAAGCAAAUAGACCACGAGCCUGAUGGAAAAACACUCGCCGAUUCAUAUGAAUUGUUGUUAGAAUUGGUGAGGGAUUUAAUACCUAUACAGGGGAAACUUGGUAUAGAUAUCAAUCCCGUUUUAGAAGCAGAACUUAGAAGGGAUAAAGCCUCUUCAGAUAAACCGAUUAGACUAUUUGAUUUGCUUUUAUGCUUAGAAGACGAUAUAGCGACAAUUCAGGAAGAAAUCGGCAUUGUUGGCUAUACUAAUCAAGAAAUGGCAGAAGAAGCCGAUAAAAAUGCGAGGGUGUACCUCCGAAAGUUUGAAGAAUUUCAUGGUCCCUUAGAAGAUAUUCCAAGUGUGUUAAUACAGAAAUUCGUUGAUAGAGGGGUAAAGAAAUUUUGGUUUACUGGUGAGGGAUUACCAUUGUUUCCGAAUGUCACUCUUCAACAAUUACAUGAAGUUUUCGUCAAAAAAUCAGCCAACAUCAAUCAGUGUCCAUGUCUAAAAUCAAAAGUAAAAUUAUCACAGAUCUAUAUACAUCACGGCAAAUAA